GACCCUCAUUCCCCCACCACAGUUGUUGCUAGUGCUGCUGCUUCUCCUCUUCUCUCUCCUCCUCUUCUUCUAUGCCCUGACCUGUCUCUCAUCACCUCUGUCCUGCACUUUCUCCUCCACUUCUUCUUUGCUCUGAGCUGUCUCUCAUCACCUCUGUCGUGCACUUUCUCCUCCACUUCUUCUUCUUUGCACUGACCUGUCCCUCAUCACCUCUGUCCUGCACUGUUCAUUCCUUGCUCUCCACAAACUGCCACUACGCCCUCGCUAUCUCGCUCAUUUCGCGAUUUCGCUGUACCUGUGUGGAUGGUCCUCAGUUUACAACCGCUGGACUGCAGUUGAGUUUGCUAGAGAUAGUGCCUUGACAUUAACAUAGUCGCAAGAAUGGAAGUCAGUUUAGACGUAUCCUCGCCUCCAGAUGGGGUUUGUGAACGUGCGCCUCCAAGCAGCCUUAGAGCUCACGUAGUCUGGACUGACCUGUGCGUGAACGUCCAAGGAAAAGGGGGAAAACCAAGCCGAUCCAUCCUCGUAGGCGCAACAGGAUAUGUGGAGCCGGGGUCGAUUUUGGCUAUUAUGGGACCCAGUGGGUCAGGGAAGUCGACCCUGCUUGAUGCUUUAGCAGGGCGACUGGCUCCAAAUACCGUUCAGACGGGCGAUAUUCUCCUCAAUGGACAGAGCAAAACCUCCCUUUCCUACGGCGUUGCAGUUCAUAAUCACUUUCAGGCUUAUGUGACCCAAGAGGAUGUCCUUAUAGGCACUUUGACGGUAUUUGAGAGUAUCAUGUACUCUGCGAGCUUGCGGUUGCCAGGUAACAUCACAAAGACAGAGAAGAGAGCGAUUGUUGAUAGAACCAUCCGAGAAAUGGGGUUAUGGGACAGCCAAAAUUCAUACGUGGGUAACUUUUUCUUGCGUGGACUCAGUGGGGGAGAGAAACGUCGCCUAAGUAUCGCAUUGCAGAUUCUAACUCGGCCUCCAUUGCUCUUGCUGGAUGAACCUACUAGCGGCCUUGACAGUGCUGCAGCUUACUUCGUAGUGUCAACGUUAAAGAACUUGGCCAAAGAGGGGUGCACCGUGGUCUCGUCAAUCCAUCAACCCAGUAGUGAAGUGUUUGCACUUUUUGACAAUCUCACUCUCCUCUCCAAUGGCCAUACCAUUUACUUUGGGGAGACUGCGAAUGCCUCUGAGUUUUUUGCAGCUUCAAACCACCCAUGCCCUCCUUUGCGAAAUCCAUCGGACCACUACUUGCAAAUUAUCAAUGCCGACUUUGACCAAGUGAAACACGCCCUAAAGAACCUUCGAGUUGAUGAUGUGGAAUCGACGGAUCCAUUGCUGCUGAAAACUAGGAAGAAUACAGAGGAAGUGGUGAAGACACUCUCAGCUGCGUAUCAAAAAAGUGAUUACUCUAUAGCUACACGAUCCAAAAUAACUCACAUCCUCUCUCAAUUUCAGAAUGGUAAAGCCGGGCUCAUCGGGGGUAGCGGGAGCCAUGCAAAUUUCAUCCAGCAAUGCGUCACUCUUACACAGCGCUCAUUCGUAAACAUGACGCGAGAUCCAGGCUACUACUGGCUUCGUGUUGCCAUGUAUACUAUGGUUGGAUUGUGUCUGGGUACAAUCUUUUGGAAAGUCGGUUUCAAGUACAGCUCUAUCUUGGGUCGAACCGGGGUUCUGUUUUUCGUGGCUGCAUUUUUGACAUUCAUGUCAAUUGGUGGAUUUCCAUCCUUCGUGGAAGAUAUGAAGGUAUUUUAUCACGAGAGACUAAGUGGACACUACGGCGUGGGAGCCUUUGUGGUGGGGAACACACUGGCUUCGCUUCCGUAUCUGUUCCUGAUUGCAUUGACGUCUGGAACCCUAACCUACUUUCUGGUGAGGUUGCAUUCUGGGUUCGGCCACUACGCAUACUUCAUUCUCAUGCUGUUCGCCGCCUUGACAUGUGUGGAAAGCCUGAUGAUGGCUGUGUCUAGCGUUGUUGGACGCAACUUCCUCGCGGGCAUUGUAAUUGGUGCAGGCAUUCAGGCAAUAUAUAUGUUAGUGGCGGGAUACUUCCGGUUGUUAGCUGACGUGCCCAAGCCGGUGUGGAGGUAUCCGAUAUCAUACAUUGCCUUCCACACCUACGCCAUUCAGGGAUUAUUCAAGAACGAUUUUCCAGGUCUUACGUUUCAGAACUUCUUGGGAAUGGACGGUAAACCUAUCGGCCCAGACCUGUCGGGGGAAUAUGUGCUGGAGCAGAUAUACGGCAUUAAAAACAAUCGAGGAAAGUGGGGUGAUUUUGGCAUCAUAAUUGCCAUGAUAGUCGCCUACCGUAUCUUGUUCUUCGUUUUCAUCAAGCUUAGUGAAAAUCUAGGACCCCGUUUGAAAGCGAUGGCCAAGGAGUACUUUGCUAACAAACCAAGUGAACAUCCGGCUGAUUCUGGAAAUUUCAACAAAAACUCUUAACGUAGUACUGCUAGAUUUUUGAGACAAUGAAGUAUGACAGUAGUACUAACCAUCAUACAGAAGUUAAAUUUUACUUUUCCUAUUGGGGAGAUGGCCAUCAGCUAAAAAGCAGUAAUAUCCUUGAGCUGGAACAUCAUGCUCGCAUUGGCGUAAAGCGCUGGCAUUGCGUUCUAGAUAUUUUGACGGAUACUUUUAACCGAGUGGAUCCGUCUAUCCUUGGGCGGAGUGUCAUUCAAUUUGUAACAUCGUUUUACUCUUUUAUUUAGAACAGACUGUCGACACGAAUGUACCAUCCACAAUGAUCGAAUUAACCGCAGUUUAAUUGCACA